AUGAUACAAAUCGCGAGUCAAAUCAUGGACGAUUCUCUGGGCCAUGAUGAGUCGGGUCGUCGCUCCUGCUCGGGUACGGAUACGGUUGCAGAGAAGGCGCAGAAGGAGACGAAACUGGCGGAGCGGAAACUUCUGGAAGCACGUUGCAAGUCGUUGCUGGUGGAGAAGAUCGCUGUUUCGCAGCUGGAAUACGUCAAGGGUAAGUCCACUCCGAAGGCUAUCUGGGCAACGUUGCAGAAUGUGUUCGCGAAGAAGGGAAUUUCCUGUCAGUUUUACCUACUGAAGCAACUGGCCGUGAUGAAGUACAGCGAACCGAAACCGAUGGAAGAGCAUCUGCUGCGGUUUGAGCGGAUCAUCCGGGAGCUUGCCUCAGCGGACAUCGUGAUGCACGAGCGGCUGGUGGUAACAGUGCACACUCGGCGGAACAAUUGCGACAUUGAGAGCACGUUGGAUGGUGAUUCGGCGUUCUUCGGCGAGCGGUCCAACAUCAAGUGUUUUUCCUGCGGGAAAGUGGGCCACAAGAAGUCAAACUGCCCCAUGAAGAAGGACACGGACCAACGAAAAUCGUCUGGUAAGCCGAAGAAAAAGGAAAGGGCCAACGUUGCUGGUUUCGAAGUGGCAUUCGUGACGGAGUCGGAUGGCGAUGUGAAGCGUGAAGGUAAGAGUUUGAGCCAGUUCCGAUGGAUUCUCGAUUCGGGCGCAACCGAGCAUAUGGUGCAGACAGCGGAUUGUCUUCGGAACGUGGUGAAGCUGGACCAACCGGUCCCAAUCGUGGUUGCAUCCGGAAAGGUUGUGUAUGGUCGUCACUCUGGAACCGUCAAGAUGGUGUCGAUGGUUGGAGGACGGCGAAUCAACAGCGUGAUGAACGACGUACUAUACGUGCCGGAACUGCAGUACAAUCUGUUUUCCGUUCGGCGCAUCGGCAAGCUUGGGAUGCGUGUGACGUUUGGAAACGAUGUAGUGGAAAUCAAGCGUGGCAGCGAUGUGGUUGCCACUGGUAAGUUGUCCGGCAAGUUGUACGUUCUGAACGCAAUCGUGGAGCGUGGACCGGUCGACGAAGCACUGGUCACCCUUUUGGCAAACGAGUACGAGCUGUGGCAUCGAAUAUUCGGCCACAUAGGUAAGAGUGGUCAGAAGACUUUGGUGCGCGACGAAAUGGUCAACGGCAUGGCACUGAGGGAGGGAGCGUUCCGGGAGAACGAAGUCGCCGUAUACAUCCUUGCGGCGAAAGAUGAGGUCCUGGAUGCUUUCAAGCAGUACGCGAACAUGGCCGAAGGACAUUUUGACCGAAAAAUUCGUCGCCUCCGGUGCGACAACGGCGGAGAAUAUGUCAGCAAGGAGUUCCAGCAGUACUGCAGAGACCGUGGAAUGCUGGUGGACUACACCGUUCCAUACACGCCUCAGCAGAACGGCGUGAGCGAGCGCCUAAAUAGGACAAUCCUGGACAAAGCGAGAGCGAUGGUGGAAGAUUCCGGCCUGCCAAAGAAGCUUUGGCGCGAGGCGGUUCAAGCGGCGGUGUACAUCGUCAAUCGGAGUCCGACGGUGGCGUUGAACAAGAAGACGUCAUACGAAAUGUGGUACGGGCACAAGCCAGACGUGUCCAAACUCCGCAUCUGGGGAAGCAAGGCCUACAGUUUCGUUCCCAAGGAGAAGCGAUCCAAGCUGGAUGCUCGUAGCCAGGUAUGUUACUCCGUGGGCUACGGGGUAAACGGAUAUCGGCUGUGGGAUAGCCGGAAGUAG